UGUGGUCAAACUGCAUAAACACACAGCUGAAAACUUGCACGGCUUGAGGAGUGGAUACAAAAGAAACUGGAGCUCGCAUGAAGGAUCACAUUGUUUCUCUGCACCGAUUCACGCCUGACGGAAUUGAUAUCAAUUUGAGACGGCGCGGGGUGUGAUAUUUCUCUGAUUCGGCUUCAGGAUGAUGAAGUUUAGGUUCAGACGGCAGGGAAACGACCCUCAUCGAGAGAAAAUCAAGCAGGAUCUGUUUGCAUUCAGUAAGACAGUUGAACAUGGAUUCCCAAACCAGCCGAGUGCUUUGGCCUAUGAUCCCAAACUGCAGCUUAUGGCCAUUGUAACUAAAUCAGGGGCCAUCAAAAUGUAUCCUUUUGUGAAAUACGGUGCUCCUGGGGUGGAGCUGACUGGACUUCAUAAAGACACUGCUGCCGUCACUCAGAUACACUUUCUCUAUGGGACAGGUAAGGGGAGGAUGCUUUCUUUGUUGGAUGAUAACACCAUUCACCUAUGGGAGAUUGUGCAGAGAGAAAACCGCUCACAUUUAGUGGAGCUUCACAGCUUCAACCUGCCUGGCAGGCCAGGAAUCGAGAGCACCAGGUAAGGGUUUUGUUCCUUAUUCAAGUUUGCUUGUUGCGGGACACGUGUGACCGUCAUGCUGUUGAAGCUGAGCUGUGAUCAUCUUGCUUUGGGCACAGAAGGUGGCGGGGUGCACUUCCUAGAACUGCCCACCCUCACCUUGCUGAACAAGUCGCUGUUCCAGGAUGAGAUCAUGCAGAGUGUUCCAGAGGAGUACAAGUGUGGAAAAUCAUUGGGGCCUGUGGAGUCCCUGCAGGAACAUCCGCAAGACUCUGAUAAAAUCCUCAUUGGGUACAGCAGAGGUCUGGUGGUACUCUGGGACCUCAACAGUCGGCAUGUAGUCAACCUCUUCCUGGGAAAGCAGCAGCUGGAGAGUUUGGUCUGGGAACGGUCCGGGAACAGCUUUGUUAGUUCCCAUAGUGAUGGCGGAUACAUGGUGUGGGCUGUCAGCAGCAGCAAUCCCUGCACUCAUGACCCCAUCUCAUCCACAAUACCAUAUGGCCCCUUUCCCUGCAAAGCCGUGAACAAGAUCCUGUGGAGGACAACAGAAUCAGGAGCUCCUCUAGUGUUGUUCAGUGGCGGCAUGCCCAGAGCCAGCUACGGAGACAGACACUGCUUAACCAUCCUCCAGGACAGCAGCCACGUCACCCUGGACUUCACCUCGCGUGUCAUAGACUUCUUCACCAUUCACUGCACAGAUAAAGAGAAGGAAUUUGAUGACCCAUCAGCGCUUGUGGUUCUUUUGGAAGAGGAGUUGGUAGUGAUUGAUCUUCAGAUGGCUGGCUGGCCCACUGUCCCUGCUCCCUAUCUGGCUCCUCUGCACUCCUCUGCCAUCACCUGUUCAUGUCACAUCUCAAAUGUGCCUCCCAAACUGUGGGAGAGAGUGAUCAGUGCGGGCCAGCAGCAGUGUCCCCUGCAGAACUAUGAGAAUUGGCCAAUAUGUGGAGGGAAAAACUUAGCACCUGAUCCAAAACAGAAAGAGCUGCUGUUAACUGGUCAUGAGGAUGGUACAGUGCGUUUCUAUGCGUCAGGAGUGUCGCUCAAACCGCUGUACAAACUGAGCACAGCCAGCAUCUUUCAGACAGACUGCGACCACAAUGACAGCCUGAUGCAGGUCGGGGAGGAGGAAUGGCCUCCUUUUAGAAAGGUGGGCUGUUUUGAUCCAUACAGUGAUGAUCCCAGAUUGGGAAUCCAGAAGAUCAGUGUCUGUAAAUACAGCGGAAAACUUGUGGUGGCUGGAACUGCUGGACAAGUUAUAGUUAUGGUUCUUAGCGAUGAGAAGUCCGAUCACAUGAUUGAUGUGGCCACGGUGGACCUGCUCCAGGACCGAGAGGGUUUUACGUGGAAGGGUCAUGACCGGCUGCCUCCUAAGAGUGGCUCAGUAGUGUUUGCUCCUGGAUUCCAGCCGGUUGUCCUGGUGCAGUGCAUGCCCCCCGCGGCCGUUACUGCGGUAACUCUGCACGCAGAGUGGAACCUCAUUGCCUUUGGCACCAGUCAUGGCUUUGGCCUCUUUGACUACCAUCGGCGAAAUCCAGUGCUGGCGAGGUGCACUCUACACCCCAAUGACUCUCUGGCUAUGGAGGGCCCGCUGUCUCGAGUGAAGUCUCUGAAGAAAUCCCUGCGCCAGUCCUUCAGAAGAAUCCGGAAGAGCAGAGUCUCAGGAAAGAAACGUGCUGUGGUUUAUAGUCCCACCAGUAAAGUGCAGGAGGCUAACGCUCAGUUGGCGGAGCACGACGCUGAGGUGACGCCAGUACAGAGACGGAUUGAGCCCCGCUCUGCAGACGACUCGCUGUCUGGAGUGGUGCGCUGCCUCUGCUUCGCUGACACUUUCCUCAGAGAUGGAACGCAUCAUGGACCUACAAUGUGGGCCGGCACGAACUCUGGCUCCGUGUACGCAUACGCUCUGGACGUACCGUCGCAGGAGAAGUUCUCUGAGCAGAGCGUGGAGGCGCUGCUGGGGAAGGAGAUCCAGCUCAUGCACAGAGCUCCAGUGGUGUCCAUCGCUGUGCUGGAUGGCCGAGGGAACCCUCUGCCGGAGCCGUACGAAGUCUCCAGAGAUCUGGCCAAAGCCCCAGACAUGCAGGGCAGCCACUCUGUUCUUAUUACUUCUGAGGAGCAGUUUAAGGUUUUCAUGCUGCCUAAAGUAAGCGCGAAGACCAAGUUCAAGUUGACCGCCCAUGAAGGCUGUCGAGUACGAAAGGUGGCGCUGUCGAACUUCACCAGCGUUAGCUCUGAAGAGUACUCUGAGAACGCUCUAGUGUGCCUUACCAAUCUGGGUGACAUCCAUGUGUUCAGUGUGCCAGCACUGAGACCCCAAGUACGCUACGACUGCAUCCGCAAAGAAGACAUCAGUGGCAUUGCUUCCUGCGUAUUCACUAAGACUGGACAAGGAUUCUACCUGAUUUCGCCCUCGGAGUACGAGCGCUUCUCGCUGUCAGCUCGUGUGAUCACAGAGCCGCUGUGCCGAGUGGAUGUGGAGCGACCUCACGAUCUCUCUGCUCACAGCCCGACGCUCCCACCACAGGCUAAUGGAACACACAAGACACAAGCAGAGAGCAAGGCUGCUGAAACUGAAGAGCUCUUGUAUGAAAUGCGGAGUGCCUUGUCCUCGCCGGUCCUGGAUUCUCCAAACAGCAGUGCUGACAUCACUCUGGACACCACUGGCGAGCUCACCGUUGAGGACGUCAAAGACUUCUUAAUGACUGUGGAUGAAGCUGAGAAUAACUUCAGGAACAUCGCUGAAGAGGACGGGAGGCCUCCUGGAAUUCUCAUCAACUGAGGCGAGCCGGCAGACAGCUGGAGGAGCAGUUAUGUGUGAAGACUUCAGAUUGGGUCUUGACAGAGCGGUUUGUGACUCCAGAAGCUGCACCAAACAUUGUUCAUGAAGUUUUUACAAUGGGAAUGUUGCACUUUUUUCCCUGUGCCAAAAGACUGAAUGAUUCAUUCUGUUAUCCUCUUUUUCUUCACCUUUCCUCCAGUUUCCCCUUUUCUUUUUUUGCUGACAUCUAUUGGUUCCUUUCAGGGGCUAUAAAAUGGUACAUUUGAGAGGUGACUUUUAAAGGGAUCGGGCAAUAAAACAGCCGAGAUGUUGCACAAUGUCUGUAUGCAGGUGGGGGGCUACUUGCACUGAGCCCUUGAUGAUUUUCUUCGUAGUUUGUCUUUUAACAUUCCUCUUGUCACGUCAUCUGUCCUCUCACUGUGUGCCAUUUUAGUUUAUGCUAAAUCAAAUCAAAAUGUCUGGUUUAUAAUUUGCCUCCUUAGUUGAUUUCCUAGAAUACAUAGCUGCUACGGUUCAUGAAUCUCUAAGGGUAUUUUGGGGUGACCAUCUGCACCACAGAAAAUAACUAUUCAAGAAUAAUAAAGGGGGGGAAAAAUUUCCCCUCCUGACAGCCUUUUCAACAAUAUCUGUGAUACUGUGAUGGCUUCUGACCACAAAUCAGGAAUCUAUUGAAAAGUUCAAGUUAUGGACCCUGUGGGUUUGAUUCAGAUAUUUUCCUUUCACUCAGUCGUCUUUAUUAUUAUUAUUUUUAAAUAAUGUCCCUUAACCACUUGCCAUUGUAAGUAAAUUCUGGAAGUUAACUGUGAAGUGUGUAAUUUGAAGGAUCGCUGCAGUAAUUCUAACCAGUUUGUUUUUUGCCACAGUAUUAACACGGUAUGAAGGAGCUAAUGACUUUUUUCUAUUUACACAGUAUUCUUUAGAAUAAUUUUAUAUGGCUUAUAAGGGUUGGUAUUUUGUAUUUUAUAGAUAUUUCACUGGCAUUUAGGUAACUAGGCAUUUCUAGCACUGCAUUUUGUGGUGCAAUUAUUGACAGUUGUGUAGUAUUCCAAGAAAUGACUAUACUAUAGGCAUUAUUGUAGCUAAUUGAGGGAAAGAUUCAAUGAGGGAAUAGGACGAGUGUUGCACAGACAUAUUUGAAUAAGACACAACUGGCUCCUUGGGUCAGAUAAUGCAGAUGUUAGUCAGUUUGCUUUUAGAAGUAAAGUAUGGCUUUUAAAUUGAUAGGUUCUAUUUACAUUGUAAUUACAAAGAAAACUGCACAUAAAUAUUUUGCUUGGUAUUGACACAUUGCCAUAUUUUCUCCCUGCAUAUUGUUUUUUUUUAUGUCAAAAGGACCUCACUAAUUGUAGUUAAUUUUUGUUUGUAUAUUUGCUUUACAUAACCUUUACUUUCCAUCCAGCACCUAUCCUGUGAACAUGUAUUUAAUUUGUAUUUUUCUUGUGUAGAAUUUUAAUUUGAAAUAUAGCAGUGCUAAUGAAAUCUUAAAUGUUAAUAAAAGUAUUUACUCCA